CUUUUCUUCUGUAUUUUCUUUGUUUUUCUCUCUAACCUUCUCUUUUCUUGUCUUCUUGUUUCUUUCUUUUUCUCUAUCUUAUUUGAGGAGUAGAUGGUUCUAUCCCGUGGGAUGCCACUAUCUACGCUGUCUGCAGCUGAGGUAGGAGGAUCCGAUGGGAGUGGAUGUGUGUAUCACUACUAGCCUGACCGGCCUGGUUACUUUCUUUCUUCUUUUACUUCCUUUCUUUGUCUCUUCUCAGGAUGAUACGAUACGAGGAGGGAUUUAUGAUAACGGUGAUAAUGGUGUAAGAUAUGCUGAACCGUGGUAUUGGAUGGAUGGAUGGAUGGGAUGGAUCAUACAUACGCUUACAUACAAACCCACUACAUAACUAACCUAUGCAGAGCAUAAUGAUAAUGUUAUUGAAGAAACACA